AUGUUUACGAACGUAUUUAUUUCAAUUUGCAUUCUAACAGUUGCAUUGGCUUAUCCUCAACAACAGCAGCCACCACGGGACAAAUGGCAGAGUCCACCGGACUCUCAACGCUUUAAUCCUCAGUUGAAUAUUCAGGGAGGUGGUAGUCCUCAUAAAGGCAUAGAUUUAAACGUUGACACUCGUGUUCCCGUUUGGCAGAGUAACAACGGACGACACUCGUUUGAUGCAACUGGACAAUAUUCGCAGCAUUUAGGUGGACCCUAUGGAAACAGUCGACCAAAUUGGGGUGCAGGUGGUGUAUACACCUAUAGGUUUUGAGUGAGUGUUAUAAGAAAUUUGUUAAAAUACAUAUGUAAAUAAUAAAUUGUUUGAGUUUGUGGUAA